GUGAAGGCGUGGAGGAUCUAUCCGAGAGGAGAGGAUGAAUCCCGGGGACCCUGCCCAAACCGGACCUGGUGAAGCCGGCCAGGACGGGCUGGCUAAAGCAGGGGGUGCACGUGGGGAGGGGGUGAGAGCGGUGGAUGUGCUGACCGUUCUGAGAGAAAAAGUGGCCUUUGUCUCAGGGGGAAGGGACAAGAGAGGUGGACCCAUCCUCACCUUCCCGGCACGGACCAAUCACGAUCGAGUUAAACAAGAAGACUUAAGCAGACUGGUCACCUAUCUGUCCACUAUACCCAGUGAUGAUGUGCGUGCCAGAGGCUUCACAGUGGUGGUGGACAUGCGCGGCUCAAAGUGGGAGAGUGUCAAACCUUUGCUACGGACACUUCAGGAGGGGUUCUCUACCCACAUUCACACAGCCCUUAUCAUCAAACCAGACACCUUCUGGCAGAAACACAAAACCAACCUGGGCAGUGCCAAGCUCAGCUUUGAGACAAGUUUAGUGUCAGUGGAGGGCCUCUCCAAGCUGGUCGACCCGUCACAGCUUACUGCUGACCUGGGCGGCUCUCUGGAGUAUGACCAUGUUGAAUGGACCGAGCUACGGCUGGGCCUGGAGGAGUUCUCAGAGGCCGCAGGACAGCUGCUGGCCCAGCUAGAGCAGAUGGAGGCAGGGCUGGCCCGCAUAGGCGAGCCCCAGGGUGUGGAUGAGGCCCGCAAGCUACUGGAGGAGCACGGCCGACUACGCACCACCGUUGCCACGGCUCCCAUUGACGCCAUUGAUCACGAAGGGCGGAGCUUGCUCCAGCGCAUGCGGCUUGGCCCCACCCACAGCGGUGAAGCCCCCAGCGAUGGACCGGGCAGCAACCACGGCUAUGGGAGCUGGUUGUCAGGCGGGGCUGACUUCCAAAGCGUCGCUCCGAAGGUCGCCGCCCUGCUGGAGAGACUGCAGACUGCCAGGACACACCUGCAGCAGAGCUGGGCUGAACGGAAGACACACCUAGACCAGACCUUACAGCUGCACCUAUACGAGCAGGAUGCCGCUAAGAUGUCUGAGUGGAUAGCCCACAGUAAGGAACUGUUUCUGCAGAGCCAGACAGAGGUUGGCCUUAACCACCAGCAUGCCCUGGACCUCCAGACCCAACACCAGCACUUCACCAUGAACUCUAUGAAUGGGAGCGUAAAUGUGGACGGCGUGGUGUCCGUGGCAACACGGCUGUGUGAAGCUGGCCACUACGGGGCGGAGCGGAUUGCGAGUGUGUCGUCGCGGCUACAGGAGGACUGGAAGGGGCUGACAUCGGUGCUGGAGGAACGCAGCAAGGCACUGAGCCUGUCCACCUGCUUCCACCAGGGAGCAGAGCAGUUCCUGGGCCGCGUGGACAGCUGGUGUGAGGCGUGUGGUGACAACUCAUUGCCAGCAGAGAUGACGGAGUUGGAGACCGCAAUACAACAACACCAGGCACUCUUUGAAGAGAUAACAUCAGCUUACACACAGGUCAGUGAAAGCGGCAAAGCCCUUUUGGAAGUUCUUCAGGGUCCGGCGGAGCUUGAUGAGUCAGGGUUACCAGUGGCAACCGCUGACUUUACAGCCGCAACGCAUGGCAUUAUGGGAGUUCUGCACGAGGUCAUGCAGGGACACCAGCAUGUCGAUGGGGCGUGGCAACACCGCAAGCUCCGCCUACACCAGCGUCUGCAGCUGUGUGUUUUCCAGCAGGACGUACGGCAGGUGCUGGACUGGGUUGAGCAGCAUGGCGAGGUCUUUCUCAAUAAACACACGGGUGUGGGGAAGAGCCUCCACCGGGCCCGAGCGCUGCAGAAACGGCAUGACGAUUUUCAACAGGUUGCCCAGAACACCUACACCAAUGCAGAGAAGCUGCUGGAGGCGGCCGGUCAGCUGGCCCAGUCGGGGGAGUGUGAGGAGGGCGAGAUCUACGCCGCGGCUGGGGACCUGGAGCUCCGCAUGCAGGCCUUCAUCCAGAAAGUAGAGCAGCGAAAGCUACUGCUGGACCUCGCCGUCUCCUUCUACACACACACCCGAGAGCUGUCAGCAUGGAUGGAGGGUCUGCAGAGACAGAUGGCAGCCGAGGUGGUGUGUCCAGAGUCAGUGGAGGCUCUGCAGGCCCUUAUCAGCCAGCAGCAGCAACAACAGGCCAACACACAGGACGCCUCGCUGUCCGUCAUCAGGGAGGGAGAGGACCUCAUACUGCAGCUUAGGCCCCAGGGCAGUUCAGUGGGCCAUGUCGAGUCGGUGCUGCAGUCGUUGGAAGAGGCCCAAGCCCAGCUGGAGGAGUUGUUCCACCAGAGGAAGAUCAGGCUGGAUGUCUACCUUCAGCUGCGGAUACUACAGCAGUGUACUCUGGAGGUGUCAGGUGAGAUGGAGGCAUGGAAGCAAGACCUCCAGAAGCAGGCCCAGGACUUUACCACAGAGAAGCUAACACUGGCACAACAGAGGCUAGCGGAAGCCAACCAAGAGAAGCUAACUUUAGCGCAACCGCGGCUAGUGGACGCUAACCCAGAAGGCUUAACGUUGGCACAGCAGCGCAUUCACAGGCACAUGGAGCGGCGGCUGGCCAUGAACAACAUGACCUACGAGGUUGUCCAGCAGGGUCACGACCUCCAGCAGUACAUCACCGAAGUACAAGCCUCAGGUAUUGAGCUGACUGCCGAAGGGGAGACUGAUCUCUCAUCCCAGGUAGAGUCGCUCCAGCAGCUCCUGCAGGACAAACAGAAGGAGCUGCAUCUGAUAGCAGACCACACACACACACACCUUGAGCAAGGCUUGCAGCUACGCCACCUUCAGACUCAAGUCAAACAGGUGCUGGGCUGGAUAAGUGAGGGAGAGGUGAUGUUGUCUUCUUGUAUGGUGAACACCAGCUCACUGUCUGAAGCUGAACAGCUACAGAGAGAACAUGAGCGCCUUCAGCAGGCAAUAGAGUCUCUGCUCCAUGCCGACUCUCUUCAGAGGACCCACCAGGUGGCGCUGGCUCUGCAGCAGCGGGCCGAGCUAUUGGUGAGGGCGGGCCACUACGACCCGGAGGCAGUGAGGGCGUGUGCCCAGACGGUGGCGCUGCACUGGCAAACCUUGAUGCUACGGAUGGAGGACCGGCUCAAACUGGUCAACGCCUCUGCAGCCUUCUACCGCACCUCACAGCAGGCUAGCAGAGGACAGAGCCCGGAUCUCAUCCUAGUUGAUGAAGUGGGCUUCAGGUACAAAGCACAAGAUCAGCUCGAGAGCCUGCGGCCAGUUUAUGGCCCUGGAGGAACUGGAGAUAUUUGGAUCAGGUCACUCGAGUCUACGCUGCUCUGCUCAGUGCUCACAAACCUAAUCGAGCACACGCUAGUACGCUCUGGGUUCAAGGUCCUGUUCUACAGCACGUGGUCUCACAUCAACAACAAGUACAUGCUAGGGAAGCACGUUGGCGGGAAGAUCAAAACUCUCUAUGGUUCUCA